UUUGGGUUACCGCUAAAAUCACCCCAAAAUUUUCAAAAUAUUUUUACUUUUAUCACUUGACAUAUCUGGACCGUAUCGCGAGAGUAUCGUGACCGUAUCGAUAGAGUAUUGGAGCCGUAUCGUAAAGUCAACAUCUUGAAAAAGCCUGCGAUACAUCAGCAACAAAAUACAGAGAGCAAACAAAGCAGCCAUGGAUUUCUCUCUCCUAUCAGAGGCCUUGACCUCCAAAUCGUAUGAAAAGGUCGCCGAUACCUGUGAAGAACACAUGCUUCAGGUCGCAGCCGAGGGCGUUGCUUUUCAGGACGACUGGCCCUACGCCAUUCAUCUUCUCGGUCACAUUUACGCUGGUGAUAUUAAUAGUAUGCGGUUUCUUUGGAAAUCAAUGCCUGCCACUCUCAAAGAGGGCAAUCCAGAAGUCAUUGCUGCUUGGAAAAUUGGCCAGAAGUUGUGGAUGCGAGACUACGGGGGUGUGUAUGAAGCUAUUCGUGGAUAUGAUUGGAGUCAGGAAGCUCAAGGUCUUGUUGCAGCCUUUUCAGGCAAGUUUUUCUAGAUCACAAAACAGUAU